GGCUUAGGGUUUUGUUCUUCCUCUCUUUUGGUCAGGUGUUUGGUUGCUCGUUAUUAGAUUUGAUAGCUUUUCUCAGAGGAAUUGUUCUGACAUUGAUAGAUUUUAUCUAGUUAUAUACACAGGUUGGGAUUAAGUAACAUCUACCCUAUUAAACUAUCAACUUACAAAAUUCAUGUUGUACUGCUAUUUUUUACAUACAUCAGGUUCUAGAAUUGUAGUGUUGGUAUUUACACUUGCUUGCUUAAUGAGUUUUGUUAUUUGAUGCCAGAGGAAUGGAGUAGUGUGAUAAGAAAAGAUAGAGAAGCAACUUUGAUUUUACUAAUAAUAUUGUGUUCUGGAGCUGAGGGAAAUUCAAUCAGUUCAAUGGCUACCGAUGGGCGCAAACGGUCGCAGGUUUCAUCAGCUCCGCCUCGAAAAAUUAGUGUUGAAAAGUUUGCAGAAGCGCGAGCCUCAGAACUUGAGGCGCUACACACAAUCGUAUCAGAGCGGUUGAACAAGGAUUUCCGGUCUCAAAGAAGCAAGAGAAGAAGGACCACCGCUCAUGACAAUCAAGCUACGAAAAGGAGAAGUAGAAAAAAGCAAAGGCAUGGAGUUGCUGGUCAAAGCGAUGCAUUGCCUGCAGAGAAGGAUGACAAGAAUGUACCUCGUCGCAUUCGUCGGAGAGCUGAGCUGAAAAAGAACCUUGAAGAGGGUUUUUGUACCUCAGGGGAUGGAACAAAGAGGCUUAGAACACAUGUUUGGCAUGCAAAGCGGUUCACAAUGACAAAGCUUUGGGGUUAUUAUCUUCCCCUAGGUUUGCACGGCAGAGGAAGGGGUUCCAGAGCUGUCCUGAAGUGGUUUAAAGAUGGAGUGCUUGCCCAUGAUGCAAGCUAUCAUGUAGCUGUGCAACUGGAGGGUACAGAGGAAUGUUUACUAUCAGUGUUAAGAAUGGUGUUGGUGCCUUCUCCAUCAGCUCGUUCUGAAGAUGCUGCACGUUCCAUUAUUGCUGGGGCCAUAUAUGAUAAUGCUAUGCUUCAUGAGUUUGGAGCACCAUGUUCGACCCCAAUUGCACCUGUGACCUGUAUGUGGCGAUCCUCUUGCCAACAAAAUAAAGAUAAUGAUGCUUCUGUUGUCUAUGAUGGUGGUGCAUGUAAUGGACUAGAGGUUACAGUACGCUCUUCUACCUUGCGCCAGCUUUGGGUUUGGAUACAUGCUUCUGCUUUCACUGCAGGAUAUGAUGCUCUCAAAUUAGCUUGCCAAAAAAAGAUGGAAGAGAGCAGCAGGAUGAUUUGCUGUAUCUCACUUGAAGGCCAACUCGCGAAAUUAGAAGUUAUGGGAUCAAAAUCAUUUCAACUACUCCAAAGGACAUUGUGCCCCGUUACAAGAAGUAACAAUCAUGCUUGGGCAUUGAACAGACAUUCACUUGCUGAAGCUCCAGAUGAUUUCAAAUCAGACACUGUACUUGAAAAUGAGGUAGACAUUCCAUCUCAUGCAGUGUUGUCUCUUAGAGUCAAGGAUCCCCGCAUGCUCGUAGAGAAACAAAAGACCGCAAAUGCUCCAGAGUCCGGUUGUGCUAGUAUACUAGGUAAUGUACAAGGAACUGAAGAUAGAGAGAAUGCUGUCAAUGGAAAUAUUUCAGACAAGAAAAAAGAGAGACUGUCUUUGAUGGGGUCAGAACUUGAGGGUACUGGCAUGCUCACAGAAAAGAGUUUGUGGGAUGUUAACAGUGGUGUAAGUCCUCCAGUCGAAGAUAUGGUUAUUUGCCAGGAAAGAUACGACCAGAAUAAAAAAUUCUUCUGUCUUGAUGAAUCAUAUUCAGAAGUACCAAGUACUUCAACAAAUUUGCAAUGUUCAAGAUCUUGUCCUGUUCUGCUGUUGAAAAAUGACGAUGGACGGGGAUUGCAUAUUGGAUGGUCUGUAAUUCUACCCUUGAGCUGGGUCAGGGCAUUUUGGGUUCCUCUCGUCUCCAAGGGGGCUCACGCAAUAGGUGUGAGAGAGAAGCACUGGAUUUCAUGUGACGUAGGAUUGCCAUAUUUUCCUUCGGAUUUCCCUGAUUGCAAUGCAUAUUUAUGCUUGAAAGAAACUGAAACUGCUGCCUCCAAUGUUAGAGAGAAACUUCGUCCUCCAGCACAAAGACCUUUGAGGGUUCCCACUUUACCCCCAUGGAAAAGUAUCCAAGAUUCUUUAAGGGAAGGACCCACCAAAAUGAGCAGCAAUUCAUUGUCUAACUCGGAGUGCGAAAGUUCUGUUGUUACAGUCUGUCCUGGUGAUUUAUUUGAUGGGUUUAUGGCACGGACAUCUUUUUCACUGGCAAACUUCUUGAAUAAAUUCCAAGGCUUUAGUUUACGCCUAUGUCCACACGUGACCAAUAAGCCGAUUAGCUUUACUAGUUUUAUGAGAGAUGAAAGCAAGGCUGGCCAAAGCCAAAAUGGGAUGACCAAUUUUAGUUACAACCACAAGUUAUGCUUUGUAAGGGUAUUUCUACAUGCUUACAAAGAAGGGUUUUUUGAAGAGGGAGCAGUUGUUUGUGCACCUCAAGUGACUGACAUCUCACUCUGGACAAGAUCAGAGAGUUCUGAUGGAGGACUUCAAGUUCCUCAAUCUGCUGUGGCCUCAUAUUUGAAAGAGCAAUCUUCUGGUAAAUGGGAACUCCAGUUGCCAGAGGAUAGUAUCAGUAGGCAAUCUUAUCGUUGGCCUAUAGGCUUUGUGACCACUGGUUUUGUUCGAGGAAGCAAGAAGACAGUGGCACAAGCUUUCUGCGAGGCAGUACUGCUUGCACAAAUUAGAGGGCAACAAUGGGAUAUGAUGCCAGUUAGACGAAGACGGAAGGAAAUAUAUGUCCUUGUGAGGAAUUUAAGAUCCUCAGCAUAUAGACUAGCUCUUGCCACUAUUGUCCUGGAAGAUCAGGAAGAGGAUGUUGGAUUUUUCUGAAAGUGCAACUUAUUGGCUUUGAUUUGCAAAGGGGACAACAUGAACAUUCGAAAAUCAAGUUUUGAUGCGGAAAGAGACUGGACUCACUGGAGCAUAAAUUCCCUGUUCCAAUAACAUUCAUUAAGAGCGCUUAGCCCUUCCUUCCAUGCGCAAUGUCCACUGUAGUAGAUUCUGAUUUUGAUUAUGUAUAUAAAAUACGUAUCAAAUUCCUAUAGUUACAAAUCCCGACUACCUGAGUAUAAUCUUCUAA